AUGCCGAAGUCCAGCCCCAUCUCUGCACCACUUCGAGAAGCACUCAUUGAGUGCUUCCGAACAACCACCCGCCUAGUCCGCCCAGAACUGCGUCAUCAACUCGUUUUAGUUGGCGGCACUGCCAGCAUUGCCCACGGCUCGGCCUUCUACACCGAGGACGUGGAUGUUGUGGCCCCAAGCAAUGUUCUACAAGACAUCUGCAAGGGAGUGAUGGACGGCGCCCUCAAUUACUCUCUCGAGCCCGACGGCAAGAUCGCGUUUGAUGCUAGUCAAGGAAUCCGCGUCCGAAUUGAUCUCAUUCAGAUCGGAGAUUCUAUCGAACGGAUCCACGCGACAGUACCCUUCUUUGAAGGCUCUGUUGCGUCCAUGUCGGACUUAUUGAGAUUGAGGGCCAUGACGGUGGUUGAUCGUGGGAGUGAUGGACAAGCUGAAGACUUUCGAUGGCUACUGUCGGGGGUAGCAAAGGCGGGUCAAUUACUUCCAGGGCUCGACGAUGAAGAGCUGAAGUAUAUGCUGGAUGCCUGCAGGUUUUGCCUGGGGGGAUUGUAUUGUUUGGUUUUGUAUUCAGUUCUUCAAGAAGAAGAUGGCAGGGCUUUUGGUCUUGUUAUAUAG